ACUAUAUUGUAGACCGUAGUAACUAUAUUAUAGUAUUACGAUUUACGGUUCGCCGGGAGGCCCGGCAAUGGGUAGAUUAUUUUGCGUUCUUAGAAUGUUUUUAUUGCUCUUCGCGUCGUCGUUCCCCGAUAAUGACGAUUGUUUCGAGUCCACCGAACGUACGCGUCAAUUAAAACGACCAAUAAUUACACCGACGUGCAAUUACGCGUCGACUGCAGCUACAACAGUGCUAUGGAAUAAUAAUAUCCCCUUUAUCUAAUAAUAAUAACAUAUUAUUAUUGAAUUAUUAUGUAUUUGUGAUAAAAAUCUAGCCGCAGCUGAUUUUUCAAUAAAUUUUUAGUACGCCAAAUUGUUGAUAAUAAAUAAUAAUAUUUGUUCCUUGAGUGUUUAAGUAGUGCUAUUUUGUGUCCUAAGUCCUAACUAAUCUAGUACCUACCUACCUACCUACCGAGGGAAGGCGUUGCGAAACGAUGGUGAAAACUCAAAAUACUAAGUUGAACUUCCGUCAUUGAACAGUCCAAUUGAAUCAGAAACCACGCUUCGAAUGACACAACAGCCCGACAGGUGUCGGCUGGACGACAAAAACACAAAUUUAUUGAUGUUCAAUGAUCAACGUAUAUAGUAUGGACGAUGAAACGGAUCUCGGAAAAUCGCUGGCUUCAAACCAAGAUUGUUCACCAAAUAGCUCAUCUAGUUUGUCCAAAUCGGAGAUGAUGUCCGGGAAUCAAAUGCUUGAUAACUGGUUGGGUCUAAGUGUACAUUGCACAACCUCUAUUGAAGAUUUGUGUGAUGGAGAUUUGGAACAACCAGACACGGACCAAUCACCAUCAACUUCUGGACUGACAUACGAUUUAUCAACAUUUCCAAAAACAACAUCAGCAAUGACUAUGUUUUAUCCACAUUUAAAUGGUUAUGACAUUCACCCAUUGCUUUUGAAUCAAAAACGACGGAAUCAAAUGGAAUCGUCAUUCUUAGAUCCAUUAAAUUUACCGCCACAUCCUCUUAUGCCAGAUGUUCCGCGUCAAAUGAUUCAUAAAAAUAAGGCUCGUCCAAAAGUAUCUCAUAGGCGAUCCGAUUUUGCAAAUAUCCAGUCAUCAAAUUUUGAACAACCUUUAAUUGUCGAUACAGAAAAAUAUCAUCGUAAGUCGUUUUAUUGUCUGGCAUGUAGUAAAACGUUUAAAUUCCAAACAUCACUGUUGCGACACAAUAACAAGGUGCACAUUAGCAAGUACCAAUGUCAAUCAUGUCAUCGUGUUUUUUCAAGGCAGGCAUAUCUUGAUGUGCACACAUCUAAACAGGGAAGUUCAUGUUACCUGGGUAAUGGGUAUGCCAUUGCAAAGUCAAAAAAAUAAUUGUUUUCUUUGUGGAAGAUAUAGUUGUUUAACCAAAAAUAAUAUAAUACUUAUAGAGUAGAAUAAGUUCAAAUCUUCACUUGUGAAGUGUGUCUCAGAGAUAAAUGAAAAAUUUGUUAUGAGUUCACUGUUUAUUGUUUGCUAUAUUUAUUGUUUAUAGAUUAAAUUUAUUUAAAAAUUAAUAAAUAAUCAUGAAACAUUUAUUCUAGUCAGAGAACAGCCCGUUCUAGUCUGUUCAGUAGUUCAUUCAUAUUGGCAUUAAAACAUUUAUUAUUAUUUAUCAUAACUCUGGAAAUAAUUGUAUAUCAAGAUUUAUAACAUAAUAAAUAACGAAUGCUUCAGUAAUUUAACAUAUUUAUAUAUAAAUAUCAAUUGAUAAAUGUAUAAUUCAUUAUUAAAUUAUGCUCUGUACGGAAUGUUUCAAAAUGUGCUGUAUUGCAAUAUUUGUAAGAUUCAUAUUAUAUUAUAGGGAAGUUUAGACUGACUAUUUUUGAAUUAACAAAACAAAAAUUUUCCAUAUGUGUAGUGUGCUCAUAUAUUUAUUUAUUGUUAUACACUACAUACUUCUCUAUUUUACUUUUAUAUGUAUAAAAAUUGGUAAUGAACCAAAAUUGAUAAAUCAUUCAUUCCUUGAUACCAAAAUAAGCAAUUAUUGAUACCAAAAAACAUUUAUAGACGAGCUUAUUAUAAUUUCCUAAAAAAUUUAAUAUUUUUACACUGUCAAAAUAAAAAAACUUAUUUUUCUACUUUUUAAUUAUUUUAAUUAUUACAUAUUGUUAAUUAAUCAUUAAGUGUUAAUACUAAUCAUAACCUGUGAUUUAAAAAGAAAUUUUUGUUAUACACAACUGUUGAAAAUUUGUCAUUUAUAUAACUCAUUAAUAGCUAUUAUUGAAUUCUAAAAAAAAGACAUCAUCAAUUAUAUUUUUAUAUACAUAUUAUAUAAUAAUAAUUUACUACCCAAAAUAAAUUUUUAUGUUUCCUAAAAUGUAAACUAUUAAAUUAUGUUCAAAACUAUUUUUUAGUUUAUUUAGGAAUAAAUGAAAAUAAAAUAUUUGAUUGUUUUAUUUUGUUAAUGACUUGGGAAAAUUUUAAAAUUGAUUUUUUUUUCAUAAGUUACUUUGAACAUAAUAUUAAGUUAUAUAAUAUUGUAUAACUAUUAUUGUUUUAUUAUUAUGUUAUUAAAUAUUUAAAUGUAUGUAA